AUGUCUAUCCGCGAAGCUAGCCACGCCGGCUCUUGGUACUCUGCGAACAAGAGCACGCUCUCCACCCAGCUUGAUGAGUGGCUGGACGCUGUGCCCGCCAGUACCCCCGGCAUCCGUCCUGGCUCGCAGAAUGACUCGAUCAACAUCCCUUCGGCCGGCGCGAGGGCGAUAAUUGCGCCGCAUGCCGGAUACGCUUAUUCUGGUCCUGCAGCCGCAUGGGCCUAUAAAGCUCUUGAUCUGUCCCAAGCGAAGCGCGUCUUCCUCCUCGGGCCGUCCCACCACUACUAUCUCAGCGGCUGCGCCCUGACGCAAUGCGACGCCUACGAGACGCCGUUGGGCAACCUGCAGAUCGACAAGGCAACCGUUGCCGAGCUGCGCACGAAGGGGAAGUUCGAUACCAUGACCCAAGAUCAAGAUGAGGACGAGCACAGCCUUGAGAUGCAUCUUCCUUACAUCUACAAGGUUCUUUCUAGGCAGUUCUCCGACCCCUCCGAGUUUCCGCCCCUCGUGCCUAUCCUCGUGGGCGCCACUUCAGCCGCAACGGAGCGCCAGUUCGGCCAGAUCCUAGCUCCGUACCUUGCAGAUCCGACGACAGUGUUCAUCAUCUCUUCUGACUUCUGCCACUGGGGCGCCCGCUUCCAGUACACUCACUACGAGAAGGCGCCAGGAGAAGCUCGCAUGCUGAGGCCUUCUGAACGGCCGCCGUCGAACCCGGCUAUCCAUGAGAGCAUUGCGGCCGUGGAUGGGUACUGCAUGGAUGCUGUGGAGACGAAGAGCCACCAGCGGUUUCUCGACAUUCUCGAGGAGACGGGGAACACCGUCUGCGGGAGACACCCCAUCGGAGUGGCCAUGGCGGCGAUCGAAGCACUGUCUCUCGACGAAGGCAAGGGCAAGUUCCGGUUCGUCAGGUACGAAAGAAGCAGUGACUGCGUAAGCCCCAAGGACAGUUCCGUGAGCUACUGCAGUGCGCUGGCGGUCUUCUAA